CCCUUCCCGACUGUUGAACGACUUUUAAGAUGCAGCGAAUCAAGCAAGUUGCUGGACACCUCGUUGGCUCGCACCCAGGCAAAGGCCUGGCUGCGCUUGAGCAGAAGAGACCAGACGAUGUCGUCAUUACCAUGGCCAUUCGUUCGCCUCUGUGUAAGGCGAAGAAGGGUGGAUUCAAGGACGCAAGGACGGACGAGUUGCUCCUCGAGAUGUUCAAACAAUCCAUCGCCCACUCACACGUCGACCCAGCCAUCGUGGAAGACAUCGUUGUCGGAACGGUUUUGACCCCCAGCUCGAUGUACCCAGCCCGGACCGCUGCUAUGGCUGCUGGAUUCCCCGAAACAGUUCCGGUGCAGACUGUGAAUCGGUUCUGCUCGAGCGGGCUUAUGGCUGUUGCGGAUAUUGCGAAUAAAGUGAGGAGUGGGCAAAUUGAGAUUGGGCUAGCUGUGGGUGUUGAGAGUAUGUCGCAAAAUCCUGAUGACGGAUGCCCUGAACAAAGUCCUUUGGUCUCGUGCAACCAAGCGGCAAAGGACUGUAACGAGAAGAUGGGCUGGACGAGCGAGAAUGUUGCUGUUGAAUUCAACGUUUCGCGAGAGGAGCAGGACGAGUUUGCGGCUCUGUCAUUCCAAAAAGCCGAACGCGCUCAAGAACUUGGGUAUUUCCGAAACGAAAUUGUGCCCUUCACUGUUUACCAGAAGGAUCCCAAGACUGGCGAGAAGAGGUUCGUCACGAUCAUCGAAGACGAUGGUAUCAGGAAAGGCACGACCAAGGAGGGCCUCUCCAAGAUUCGAGCUGCGUUCCCUCAGUGGGGCAAGGGCACGACGACGGGUGGAAACGCCAGUCAGCUCACUGACGGUGCUGCUGCUGUCCUACUCAUGACUAGGAAGAAGGCAGAGGAGUUGGGCCUGAGGGUUUUGGCUAAAUACAUUACCACGUCUGUUACCGGCCUUGCACCUCGUAUUAUGGGCAUCGGUCCGGUCUCUGCCAUUCGUGCUGCUCUCAAGAAUAGCGGGUUGAGCACUGGAGAUGUUGAUCUUUUCGAGAUCAACGAGGCGUUCGCUUCGCAAGCCGUGUAUUGUGUGAAGGAAUUGGGAAUUCCUCUUGAAAAGGUUAACCCCAACGGUGGCGCUAUCGCCCUGGGCCAUCCACUAGAUGAGUACUGUGCUCGCCAGGUAGCGACUGGAUUGAACGAAUUGCACCGCAGAAAGGGAAAGGUUCUUGUGACGUCGAUGUGCAUUGGCACUGGUAUGGGUGCUGCUGCCGUGUUCCUCAGGGAAGAGUGA